AUGAGUAAAUCGAACGGAUCAGAGGGUUUCAUCAUUAAAAAAAAGCUACUUGAAUGUAAUUGCCAGUGCUGUAUGAACGCGAUCUCACUUUCAAAAAAGUAUUUGGCAAAUGCAUUCCAAGCCGAAUUUAUUAUCGUUCUUAAGCACAUCCUUUCUCUGGCAUAUAUAACUGUGUUUUAUCGCGUACUGCCCGAAUUCAAAGAGCGCGAUCGAAAUGGAAAUCGACGUCAACGCCUGCACAUCCUUCUUCGUCACGGUAAUCUGUCACUUGAACUAGCGGUGGCAGCCAACAGGAAAUAUUUCAACAAACAUUACAAACGUGUUUCUUCUUCAUACUUCAUAAUUGUAGGAACUUGGUAA